AUGCGGAACCGUGAUCUGCCAUCUCUAAGGGACUCUGAACUUGGAACUGGACGGGGCAUGGGUCACGCUAACAUGUUGAAACUUCACCUCGACAAAAUUUUUCUCGCAUUUUGCAGAACGCGGAACAUCAAAGACGAAUUCUUGAUGACUUACAACGCGUCCGGAAUCUUCGAAGGACCGGAAAGCCUGGAUAAAUAUGGACCUCGCUAUGGCUAA